UUUACCGCUACAAAGUAACCAUGUCUGCGUUUAUGUUUUCGUUUGUUUUGCUGACAUUACUCACCAAAGCUUCACCCGCGAGUGCAGAACCGUGCGUAGUAACCCAAUUCGAUGAAGUUGAAGCGGCCACCAAAACAUGUUUAGAUAUUGUUCUCGACAACCUGUUCGUACCUGCCAACGUAACGCUGAAGCUCAACCUCACGGACGGCGCUACAGUCACUUUUAAAGGCAACAUUACCUUCGGGUACGCUAUCUGGGACGGCCCUUUGGUUACCAUAAAUGGGACCAGUAUUACCGUCAAAGGGGCCGAAGGAUCUGUGUGCGACGGCCAGGGCCAGCUCUAUUGGGAUGGGCAAGGAGGCUGGUCGGGUCCGAAACCACAAUUUUUUACCAUUCAAGCAUUUGGAGGGUCCGUUUUUAGAGACAUCUACGUAUUAAAUUCGCCAAUGGACGUCGUACAGGUGACCAACUCCGACGAUGUCCUAUUCACCAAUUGGGUCAUCGAUGAUUCCGUGGGUGAUAAGGGCGUGGCGCCGACUGGUAAAGAGGGCCACAAUACCGAUGCGUUCGACGUCUGGAAUUCAACGAACGUUGAAAUACGAGACUCUAUAGUUUACAACCAAGACGACUGUCUGGCAGUUAGAUGCGGUGCAAAUGUUUACGUUCACGAUCUUUUCUGCCACGGAAGCCACGGCUUGAGCAUUUCGGUGGGAUUUAGUAACGACUCAGUGCCGUUGAAUACCUUGGAAAAUGUCACGAUCGCCGAUUCAGUCAUCGUCAAUUCCGACAACGGGAUUCACAUCAAGACCCACAUAGACGGUGGAUACGGAUCCAUUAAAAAUGUGACCUACAGAAAUAUCACGAUGUCAGACAUGAAUAACUUUGGCAUAACGAUCGAGCAGAACUAUCAAAAUCGAGCACCAGGCAGCACAGGGACCGCGGAGCCCAAAAACAACGUACCUAUCAGCGAUCUCAAAAUGAUCAACGUCACGGGAACCGUCGGCUCGAAAGCCGUCCCGAUUCACAUAGUGUGCGCGGAAGACGGUUGUUUCGAUUGGUCAUGGUCCGGCGUCAGCGUUACCGGCAAAAAAUCGAACGACUGCAAUUACGAACCGCAGGGAUACAGCUGUUAGAUUUUUAAGUUAAAUCCCUUGGGUCGCUGGUGAUUUCUGAAAAGUUACUUUGAAAACAGACUACGAUGGGUACGUUUUAAGGAUACCUACUCCGCUAUACAUAAAUAUUGACCAAAGGGGGGCCCAAGGUAGUACGGUUGGUCAUCCUUCAUAUACGUAUACUUCGACCAGAAAUAUGGUGCUUUUAAAACCGACCCCGGGAUUAACUUUGCCUACUGUUCAUUACUCUAAAACCGCAGCAGCUUAUAGAACACAUAGAACAUUCCUAGGAAUUUAUCUACCUACACUGACAAGCGAGAUAUAAGUAUGUUUCGAAUACUUUUCGCAGACCAAUUCUUGAAACCCGUACAUAAAAAAAAGUGCAAAGUAACAAUGUAUUACGUUCUAUUUCAUUACAUUUCUACAUAUUAAUACACAAAACAUUAAAUAUAUUAAUAAUAAAGUAUCAGUCGGUUCAAAAAUCGUCACUAUCGAUAAAUAUUUUCUUCUUUUAUUGCUCCUUUUUCACAGUUAGACCAGCUUUGUACUGAUAUUUUUGGCUACCUCUUGCCGCAUUACGUUUAUGGUACCAUCACUAAAUUUUGGUGCAGUUAUUUUUUUCUAUAUGCGCUUUGAACUCUGACCAAGUCACCUUAAUUGUUGUGCUAUCGAAUCGAUUUGGUUUUAAACGGUCCAUUUCUAUAAAUAUUCGUUACGGUCCAUUUCAGAUCUACUGUAAAAUACUUAAAACGUUAAACCAAUAAAUGUACUAUAUUUUUGGUCGUAUUAUACCCAUUUGCGAGUCUUUUAGAGUCGGAAACGACCUAAAAAUUGUGUAUACCUAACCUAUUUUUAAACAAUACUUUCAAUAACAAAUUUUGCAAAAUUUGAUAGUAAAUUUUGGCUAAUUUGAUUAUGUUAUUUGUAUGUUAAUUUUUGAUUCUAAUACAAUUAAAUUUGAUUUCUUAA